AUGCCCGAAGUGCUCCAGGCUUUGUGCUCCAUAUGUUUAACAGAGAUAGGUGGGGAAUUCGGAGAACUUAGUCCCUGCAAGCACAAAUUCCAUCAGGAAUGUAUCAGACAAUGGCACACUUGUGCUCCGGACCUGAGAUGUCCUGCUUGUCGGGUCGAAUCGGACUCUUUCAUUGUUGCAGGACAACAUAAGAUUGACUUGACGACAGGAUUCAAGGUGAAGACGCUAGUUGAUGCUCAGCAGACCGAAUUGCUCGACCGCUUAAAUAAUACGGCGGUAUGUAGAGAUCAAUAA